AUGCUCUCCGGCAGGAGCGGCUGCGCGCCCUCGGUGAUGAGCACGCCGGCGCCCGCGUUAGCGUACACCUCGUUCCGCAGCAGCACUCCGCGCGCGGCUGCGUACAGCACACCCGCCUUGCGGUUGCGGGAGACGUCGUUUGCUGCCACGCGGCUCGUCGCGCCAGACGAGAGGGAGAUGCCGCACUCGCCUCCGCCGCGGACGCCGUUGUACUCCACCGCCGUGCUCGACCCCUCGCACACGCGCACGCCAGCCUUGCCCGCGCCAACGAUCUCGUUCGAGCGCACGCAGCCGCGCGCGCCCGCGGAGCACAGCACGCCCGCCGCCGCCGGCGCCUCGCGCAGCGCGUUGCCGACGACCAGCGGCGCGGUGCCGCGGCCGGAGAUUGCAAUCUGA